AUGUGGGGGAUUUCAUACUGGGCAAUACCGCUUUUCUCCAGCGUAGUAUGGCUCGCAAUGCUUCUUGCCAUGAUCCUUAGCUGGAUAACCGACGGCAAACCUCACUACCCGUCCAUGGGCCCUACGCAGGACAUAGCAUUCAUCUCAGAUGUCGGUGCGCAAAGACUCAAGCCGCUGUUCAUUGCCAUGUCGGCGGUGAGUGUCGUUUCUCUUGACAUUGCCUUCCUUUCCGAGCGCUGGCUCAGGCAUUCCGGACGCUUGGCCCGGAACACCUCGUGGUGGCAAAAGAGUUACUCCAUCCUAUCUAUCAUCGCUGCCAUUGUCGGCGCGGCUGGCAUUAUCCUGCUCUCCAUUUUCGACACUUGGAGGCAUCCGCGCCUGCACGACGUCUUCCUCGGUCUCUUCAUUGGUGGUUAUGUCAUCUCCGCGAUUUUCAUCUGCCUCGAGUACCAGCGUCUGGGCGUCCACCACCGCGAGCACACAAUCAUCCAGAUCUCCUUCUGGAUGAAGGUCACCUUCAUUAUCGUAGAACUCGCGCUCGCAAUCGGAUUCGGCGUAAUGCGGCAAACAGACCACUGGAACACAGCCGCGAUCCUGGAAUGGAUCGUCGCGCUCGUCUUCACCUUCUACGUGCUCUCUUUCUUCGUCGACUUCAUCCCGGCCGUGCGGACCAAGAACCACCAGAGCCGGGAAACCGAGGUCGAGAUGGCCAUGGAGGGCCCCGAGACCACCAGCGAAACCGGCCUCUACCCCGAUGGCGCCGGCGCAAACGUCUACCCUACCUCCAACGCCUUCACCAACCAGGACCCCAACCGCUACCAGCCCAACGGCUUCGCUGCCCACCCCAACACCCGCGGUAUCAAUGGCAACACGUACUAUGCCGACGGCCACCCCGACGCUCUCAAGCCGGCUAACGGGCGCGUCCCCCUCACCAGCAACUUUUAA